AAGAUGGCAUAAAACAUAAAAGAAAAAAUUACGACACCUACAAAGAGGAUCUUGUGACAUUUUUUGAGGUUGAGGUUGACAGAGGGGAGUUAGUAAGCUGUCAUAAUUUAGUUUGACUUAUGCCUUGUCUGUUUAAUGUCUAUGAUUCAAAAAUAAAUACUUGCUCGAAAUAAGGUUUGGCCUAUGUCUGCAAAACACUACGAGUGUUUUCAAUAAUUCAGCAGUGAACAAAACGUUCUGUAGUAUUCUUUUUUCUUAUUAGGACAUCUUAGUACAAUGGAAACAAUAAAUGCUCAUGCUGCCUUUCUGUGCAAUUAUGAAGUGAUGCAAAUUCUUCAGCAACUAAAGGACAAUACGCAGAAAAAACACAAAAGGGAAGCGUCGCUAGCGACGGUUACUUAUGAGACAGUCCAUUAUCUACAAGAUACUGAAUGUAAAAAUCAAUCCGAAGAAAUGAUCCAGAAGUUUCUAGAAGGAAUGAAAAAAUUUAAAUUAACAAAAAUGGAAAAACUAAUGAUGGUAAAUACUCCACCGAGAACAGAAUUGGAAAUACAAUUGAUUGUUCAAGAAAGUGAGGAAAGACUCUCAGAGGAAGAGGUCCGUGCUAUUAUAGAUUUGGUCAAUGAAAUCUUUCCGACCCCAGCGACUUGAUGCUAUUUACUUACAAAAUACAUUGUAUUUCAUGAUUUACAAUAAAAUGAAGUAAG